UCGCGACACCACGAUACAAUCUCUGGCCUCUCCUGGAACGAGACCGUCAUCACAACAUCCUCACGACCGCUAUCAUCACAGAUCUAUGAGUUUCUCCAUCGACCUGUCGGUAGACCACCUCGCCAGGAAAGUGCAACAGGCGUUGAUGCUCUGGAGACGAUGGCUAUGCGAUGUUUGUUAAACAACUUGGAUAUGCUGGAGGUGGAUAGUUUGGAGCAUAUGCCGGAGAUGAUGUUGAAAAGAGUCUGGCAGGAGAUCUCGAGGAGCAAUCUUCAGUCGUUACAUCUCUGGCAAACUUUCAUGAAAACUUCUCCUCCUCUCCGCCAACACCAACCCACGAAACAACAACUCAACACCAUCUUCCCUCUCCCUCCUCAUUCCCUCAAUCUCUACCUCUCCACUCCACUAUCUCACCUCCCUAACCCUCGUCACCACCAUCGCCGAUCCAAGCUCAUCAUAUCCCUGCACCUCGUCGGCUGCUCCUCAUCCACAAAGCAAACCUCCAUGAUCACCGACGACACAAUAAGAUCCUGGAACAAGAAAGCAAAACACAGCUCUGCAUUCCCUUGUCUAAAAAUGCUGUUUCUGCGGUUUCAGCUAGGGAUUACGGAUCUUGCAUUGGGUGAAUUGGAUGGGUUUAAGCAGCUAGAAAUGGCGGUUACGAGUCGCUGUGGUGUUAGCAUUAGAGAAGGGAAGAAGAUUGGAAAGGAGAAGGGUUGGAAGAUGACGAGUAAAGCUUUCUAUGCUCAUGCAGAAGCAAUGCUCGAAGAUAAACCGAGUGGGAAGAAUUAUUUGGAUGUGGUGAAUGAAUACAUUACCAGCACCUUAGCCUCUUCCUCUCACUCUGCCUCUUCAACAUCUUCACCACCUCUAUCUCUCAUCCAAUUAGGUCGCCAACCUCCCACCGCAUCAACGAAUAUCCUCUUCACAACCAACGAGAUAGAGUGUUGGGUCAAAGACGACGAGCAGAAUAGAGUGAUAGAAGCAGAGAGAAAGAAAAGGGUACAAGAAAAGGAUGAAGCAAAGCAAAAGAAUGGAAUGAAGAGGAUGAAGAUCAAAGAAGCGAAAAAGAGGGUUCUGUUCCAACUUUUGGAAGGGAUGUGA